ACAAACAGGAGAAGGAAUUGCGAAAUUCUUUUGGACCUUGAGCGUUUAUGCGGGAGGGUCCUGGUGGUCCCCCACGUUCUGUUCGAGGCCCUGAAAUUUUAUUACUACCAGUAUCUACCGCGUCAGCACGAGCACGAACCGAGCACGAUGUACAAGUUUCAUGUAACAAAAACAUAACGUCGGCCAGUCUUUAUCAUCUUCGUUUUCCACGAAGUCUGGUAGCCAAUCACAAAAUCACGAUACGUUUGGUGCUCUGAGGUUUUGGGAUGACAUGCAUACCCAAGUGUUGACAGAGAACAAGGGUAGGUAGGGCGUCAAAGUAAGAGCAGUAUGAACCAAUACUAACGAUUGGCGCAGGUGUCACAGACAAUUCGAUUGCUUCACCAAGAACCGGAGGAAACAAUGGAGCUUUUGUAGGGCAGUAGAUGGUUGAUAUUCGAGCGCCAGAGCGUCAAACCAAACAUUUCAAAAUAUCCAGCCAAUUGACAACACAACGAUAUAGCAAAGGCGCGUAUCACCUCUCUUAACAUGGAUCUACCAGGCCAAGGGCUACGAAGCUCCACAUUAUCAAUAUAUUCACAACAAUUUUCAUCUCCAUGCAACGAAAUCAUCCAGGACUCCCGGCGUCAUAAUCUACUCUGUGUGUUCUGAAAGGGAGACUUUGAGACUUUAACCUUAGCCUUAAUAUCAUUAAUACCUAGGUAUGUAUGUACCGGUACCUGGGAUGAAGAUAUCGAGUCAUCUCGAAUCUUUAGCCUGCGUCAUUUCGCUUUGUUUCAAUUCAUCAGAUCGGGCUUAUUCAUUGAUUGCAAUGUCCACUUUUAAGAACAGGCCCUCCCUCAUAUGGGGAAAUGACUAAAUGACUUCAGCAUCUCAGAAAUGUUAACGUUGUUUGGAGCCCCCAGUCAUCAAGAAAGUAAAGUACUCUACUCUGUAGGGACUGGAUGCAUGUAUGUAGUGUGGCUUUGCAAAAAUGAACUCGUAGCGCUUUGUUCAAAAGAUUGUCGUCGCCCACGAUAAUACCUUCUUCUUCCUUCUAUUGCGAAAGGCAUACUCUCUCUCAUCAUUCUUUCUGAGAGAAAGUCGAUCUUUGUUUCUUUCUUCCUUUUCUUUUCACUUCCGUGUCGUUGUUACGUCUAGUCACUCAUUAAUUUUCCUCUUCAUUUAAUUCAUUAAUCAUGAUUCAGCGAGUCAUUUCAAUUGCCAUUUUGGCGCUUCCAUUCAUCGGUGAUGUUUCCGCGAUAAACACAUAUACGUUAGUGGAUGAUUAUUGGAUGGAGUAAAUUAUACUGAUAAUAAAAAGUACCUCAGCAACGUCCUCCGCAGCAUGUGUUUCGACUGGUGUCAUCCUUUCUGGUCAGACCGCUUGCCCAGCAUCUUCCAUAGAUGCGUCUUCUACAAUCAGCAACAUUUCUUCAACGUCUUCCGUCGCCGCCAUCAUCCCCACAACAUACCCAGUAGAGGUAUCUUCGGUCUCUGGGGCUUUUACCACAACUACACUUCCAUAUCCCCAUUCCACAUCAACCAUCUAUGGAAUAAACACUCGAAUUGACGAGCUUGGAUUUGUUGUUACCGAAACUGUUAUUCUUUCAACUACUGUAUGCCCUGUCACUGCUACCGAAGGAGAAGCCACUCCAUUGCCAUCCAGCAUAGGUACCGAUUCGGUUACAGCUAUUCAAAGUACUAUUACAAGCACCAUAUCGGCCGCUAGUCCUAUUAUAAGCUCGACUUCUGCUGAAGGAGUUGCCGUCAGCAGUCCGCUUGCUGCCGCUUCUUCAACAUUGAGUCUUGUUGCAAGUCUUUCGGCCAUAACCCCAGUUGCAGGAAAUACUAGCAGUACUGUGGUUAUUCUUCAGACAGCUACCGUUCUACCAGAAGCCUACACAACACAAAUAUCUGAGACCGCAUACCCUUGGAGCACUGUGACUACCGAAGGAACAAGCACUGUGAUCGCUUUUGGCUCAAGCCCAAGUGUCUCUGCUAGUGUAUUUUCUGCCGCAUGCGUACCUUCUGGCGGUGUUCUUUUAUCUGGCCAAACAGCUUGCCCCGGUACACCCGUUAGCUCGACUGAUGCGCUAUCUGGUGAAACCACCGGCACGGUUCCAUCGGCUGCUAUCCCUACUGUAGCAGUUUCCAGCGAGACUGAGGCUGCUGUACCAACUACUACAGCUAUUUCUCCAGCCGUUUCUAGUGUCUCACUCUCCACUGAGACUGCCAGUACAUCAUCUGCUGCAUGUGUAGCUUCUGGUGUCCUCUUAUCCGGUGAAACAGCUUGUCCGGAAACCCCAAUUAAAGCAGUAACCUCCAGUGCCCCUAUUUCCGCUCAACCAUCCACCACAUCUGUAACAGAUACCCCCGUGCAAUCUACUCCAGCCGCCGAAGAUAUUAGCACUUCUUCACCCUCCAGCGCACUCGCACAACCCGUACAGACAACAACCAGCCCAACAAUCCUCACUCCAAGCUACGCCACGACCUCCUUCCUCACAAAACCAACUUCCGCACCCAUCUUCAACUCCACCUCUUUCCCAACCAUCACCCCAAGUAGCGUAUCAUUAACUGGUACCGAUAUCCUUAUCGACACUGCUACUAUUGGUACUACCGAAACCUUCACAUUCGCCUUGCCCAGCAUCUAUACCCCAACCGGAACAAGCGAUUCCAGUGCCGUUACCGCUUAUUCAUUUUCGGAUUCUGGAGUUUCGAAAGUUAGUGCAAGGGGAAGUUGGGGGCUGGCUUUGGGUGUUAUGGCUUUAGUGUUGGUGGUUUAGAUUUUUGAAUCAGUAGUUCUUUGAUCCCUGGGGAUUUGGUGGGCUUGGGGUAAUUUUGAAGGGGGUUUUAUGUGUAAUUUAGUGGAAAGAGGGAGUGUUGUAUGGAUUAUACAGGC